CUGGCGCGCUAAUCGCGUGCAAUUUCCUAACGAUCGUGCCCUUUCGUGCCCUGCACCGGUUCUCGCUUGCUACAUAGUAAACCAUAGAUUUCUAUAAACCUCGAAGCAGUUUCUCCUCGUGCGUCAUUGACGAACAAGACACAUCGGAAACACAUUACCUCAAACAACCGCCAGCAAGACUCUGCGCGGUGCUCCAUUUGGGGCCGCAUAGUGACACGGGUCACGUCUAGGUACUUGUCAUGACGACAGUCGCGGCGCCCGUCGCGCGCUCUGACUGCGGAUAUGUGUCGGGGCGGGCUGAGAAAUCUGGCCACUCUAGCAGCAGCAAUACUAGACCUGUGAUGCCGCUCACUGGGUCGUCAAGCAACUUGGCCGCAGCGGAGGUAUUCUCGGCCAUCGUGCGGGACUCUUCACCUGGCGUGCCCGGUCGUCGCUCGGGCGAGCCGGCACCUUCCCGCAGCGUGUCCACGCUCUCGGCGGACGACGGGCCCCUGAGUUUGGACCCACCCUCGACGACGUGGGCCGCAGCCCUCCCCGCUGCACACCUUGCACGCCCGCUGGUCGACUUCGCAUCUUGCCCCUCCUUCAAAGAGCAGCGCGGCAGCAAGCCCGUCUUCAUGGAUCGCCACCAGACGCUGCAGCGCGUGACAGAGGAGACCGCCAACGCGCUGCAGGCCGCCGCAACGCUGGCGGAACAGGAGGAGCAAGCUGAGGAGGCAACAGCCGCUGCUUUCGAAGCCGAUUCAGAUCCUGCCGCGUCCGCAGCUUCAACAGCAGCGUCAACGGCGCCAGUGGAGCGCUGCCCAUACCUCCCCGGCUGGGACAUCUCACACUCGUCGAUCUGGAGCCAGCUGGAGCAAGCAGUGCUUCGAAACAUCCUGCUAGAGGAGCUGUACGGCACCCCCUCGCAGCAGGAACAGCAGCAUGGCGCGGCAGCAGCCAAGCAGGAGGCUGCUGCGGCGGCUCCAGCCGCCCACCACAACGCGCACGUGCACGCGCAGCACGUACUGACGCAGCACGAGCGCCGCCAGAGCUUCCCUCGGUGCCGUGUGGUUGGCGGCAGCCCAAUCCGCUCCUCUCCGGCGUCGCCGCUGCACGCCGCGACCGUGGGUGCCAGCGCCUUCCCGGAGCCCAACCCGUUCGCCAGCCAGCACGCCUACCACUCGCUGCUCUCGCCUGCAGGCACCAUGACACGGGAGUCGCCCAGCUCGCCGGCGCGCGCGCCCGCGUCGCCGCCGGUCGCAGCACCGCGCGCCGCCGCCGCUGCCACAGCCGCCGUACCCAGCUCGCCGUCCAUACUGAGCCGGCCACCGCUUGCGUCCCAAAGCCCUGCGCGCCUGGCUGCCAGCAGCGGCGGCGCAGCCGCCGCUGCCGACGUCGCCUCCCCCGCCGCGCCCGGCACAGCUGACGCCCACGCCAGGCCGGACGUGCUGGCCAGCGUCAGCGAGGCCGGCGCCACGGCGGCCGCCGCCGGCAUGACCAUCCUGAACGACCUCGUGCGCGAGGUGCUGCUGCAGCGCUCCGACACCCUUGACCGCCACGGCGAGGGCCACGGCCAUGUGGGUCAUGUGGGUCACGGCCAUGGCGUGGAGCAGCACACGGAGCUCCGUGGCCUAGGCCCCGACUGCCCCGCGCUGGUGCCCUCGACCUCCUUUGGCUGCGCUCGCUCGCUGCUGCGGCACGUCAGCCGCCGCUGGGGCGCCGCGUCCGACUCUUUCGGCUGCUCCUCCAUGGGCCGCUCCUCCUUCGGCCGUGAGUCCACCGUCCUCGAUCCCGCCGGCUCGUCCACCUCAAACGCCAGCGGUGCCGACAACGCUGCCACCAACCAAAACCCGUUGGCGAGUGCGCUGCGUUCCGCGGCUUCACACAUCGCCGCGUCGUUAAGCGGCGGUGCGGCAGUGGCCGGCGUGGCGGCUGUGUCGUCUGUGACGGCGGCUGUGGCGGUGAGCAGCAGCGCGGCGCUGCAACUGGGCGGGCACGCGCUGGCAGACGGCGCCGAUCUGCUGAUGAACCGAGUGCAGAACACGGUGGUCGGCAAGGUCUCCGCGCUCGCAGCCGACGCGGUGCUGGGCAAGGCAGCGUCGCGCAGCGCCCGCCGGGCCUUCCGGCAGCGCCUACGUGCCGCCGCCGCCGGCGUCAGCAUCGCCUUCUUCAUGGCCAAUCACAUGGCCGUCACCGACACGCUCAUGUCGUUUGACCUGGAGCACGACUUCGUCACCAGCGCCAAGACGAUGCUGGACCUGGUAACGAGCGCGCCGCAGCUUAUGGAGAACGUGCGCGAGCUGAUGCAGAUCGGCGUGGCAGUGACCAUGGGCGCGGCACAGCGCGGAGCCGUGGCGGCGGCGGCGGGCGGCGCCGUGGGCGGUGCCACGCAGGAGGCGGCGGUGGCGGCGGCUGGGCAGGAGGGCGUGGUGGGCGAGCUGCUGGCCAUGGCGGAGAGCGUCGCAAUCGAGGCGCAGGACCAGAACUAGGAGGUGGGGCAGUAUUCUGUUGUUGUUGAUGUUGUGUAAUGGAUGGGGUGGGGUGGGGUUGGUGUCUGGUGGGGUAAGCGGCGUGGUGAGCACGGCUAUGUGUGGACUGGUGGAAUCUCUGGCAGGGGAUUUGCAUAGCCGCUCAGGUGGUCAGUGGUGGGACAGCGGGAGCAAGUGUCAGGUCAGGGCUUGUGUAUUAUUGGACGUGCCAGCUUGCUUCAGGCUUCCAUGUUCGUGCUGUACGGUACGGUUUGUACGUUAAGAUUGGAUCGCAAUGGUGAUUGUUUCCUUUGGCGGCGCCAUUUGCUCCGGCCCGGGCUGGGCCUUUUACAUAAUUUACUGACGCCUAAUGCGACAUGCCAGUAAGUACUGCUUUGCGUUUGCGGAAUUGCAUGGCGAGCAGCACGAAGACAAUGAAGCAUCAUUUUGAGGAACCAGCAGUGUAUGCAAGUAAGCCCACAAGGGCAACCAUGGGACAGAUGCCAUCCACCAAUGGACGGGUACAUGAGCGAGAGCCAAUUAACAGGAGCAGCCAGCGAGCACGCGCAGGCAUGGCGGCAAGGCAAGGGCGGCGAGCUGGUGACACGGGGGAGACAAGACAUAUGGGCCGCCGUAUGUGACCAGCUGCGUUGGGAUAUGGACCGUGCGGAUUAGGUGUCUUCCGCAUCGUCGGUGACUUGGACAGGCGUGCCGUCUGUGCCCGAAGGGGAACCCAAGCUGGCACGCGGGCGUGUAAUACACAAUCCCAACUUGCCCCUUAACCUGUCUCAUUGCACACAAUCCCUCCAAUCCCUCCAAUCGGCUUGCCGGUUGCUUGCAUCGCACCCGUGUCUGACAGUUGCAAAUGUUUCUACCCUGGGGACUAGCUCCGUGCAGCGUUGCAAUGAGCCGUGAGCACUGGGUGUGCAAUGGGACAGUUGUAAGGCAGGUUGGUG